GGCCGAGGCACCCGGGUCCACUGCCCGCGGACCCGAGGGGUGGAGGCCACGCUGACACCGGUGGGGCAGGACCGCGGGGAAGCGGCCUCGGAGGCCUGCGAACUCCCCGAGGACCGGCACUCCCCUCUGCGAGUGGGGCGCAGGGCGCUGAAGGGGAAAGGAAAGUGAUGAAUGAAGCACGUUUGAUUUGGAUUCAGAAGCCUGAAACUCCUCGGCUUUGCCGUGUGCCAACCGUGUGAUCCCAGCUGCUCUAGUACCAUCUUCCACACACGAGAAAUGAGAAAAAUACCAAACAAUGGGAACUUGAGGAUGACGAAGGUGGCGUACCCGCUGGGGCUGUUCGUGUGCCUGUUCAUCUAUGUCGCCUACAUCAAGUGGCACUGGGCCUCCGCCACCCAGGCCUUUCUUGGCAUCCCUGAGGCGGCCACGGGGGCCCGGAGGGGCCAGCAGGCCCACAAUCUGCCAGGGGUGGCCACCCACGGACCUGAGGUCUCCUAUGGCAUCAUGUUUGACGCGGGCAGCACCGGCACCCGUGUGCACGUCUUCCAGUUCAGCCAGCAGCCUGGAGAAACUCCCACCUUGACCCAUGAAACCUUCAAAGCACUGAAGCCAGGUCUUUCUGCUUAUGCUGAUGAUGUUGAAAAGAGCGCCCCGGGGAUCCAGGAGCUACUGGACGUGGCCAAACAGGACAUCCCCUUUGACUUCUGGAAGGCCACCCCCUUGGUCCUCAAGGCCACAGCUGGUCUGCGCCUGCUGCCAGGAGAGAAGGCUCAGAAGUUGCUGCGGAAGGUGAAAGAAGUGUUUGAGGCUUCGCCAUUCCUCGUGGGGGACGACUGUGUUUCCAUCAUGAACGGGACUGACGAGGGUGUUUCUGCGUGGAUCACCGUGAACUUCUUAACAGGCAGCCUGAAGACCCCCGGGAGGGGCAGCGUGGGCAUGCUGGACCUAGGCGGGGGGUCGACCCAGAUCACCUUCCUCCCAAGACUAGAGGGCACCCUUCAAACCUCGCCGCCCAGCUUCCUCACGUCCCUCCAGGUGUUUAACAGGACCUACAGGCUCUACUCCUACAGCUACCUGGGGCUUGGCUUGAUGUCGGCGAGACUGGCGGUACUGGGAGGCGAGGAGGGGAAGCCUGCUGAGGAUGGACAAGAGCUGGUCAGCCCCUGUCUGUCUGCUGGUUUCAGAGGAGAGUGGACGCAUGCUGAAGUGACGUACAGGAUUGCAGGACAGGAGGCAGCGGGGAGCCUCUACCAGCUGUGCGCCCGCCGAGUGUCCGAGAUCCUCCGAAACAAAGUGCACAGGACAGAGGAAGUGAAGGACGUGGAAUUCUAUGCCUUUUCCUACUAUUACGACCUUGCCACAAACGUGGGCCUCAUAGAUGCGGAGAAGGGAGGCAGCCUUGUCGUUGAGGACUUUGAGAUAGCGGCCAAGUAUGUGUGCCGGACGGCGGAGACCCGGCCGCCACCCAGCCCCUUCCUGUGCCUGGACCUCACCUACGUCAGCUCGCUGCUCCAGGAGCUUGGCUUCCCAGGGGACAAAGUGCUGAAGCUGACCCGGAAGAUCGACAAUGUGGAGACCAGCUGGGCUCUGGGCGCCACUUUUCAUUACAUCGACUCCCUGAGCAGACACAAGAGCCCCACCUCGUAGCCACUGAGUUGCCGGCCGUCCCCGCAGAAGCACAGGCUCUGCGAGAGCAGGCCCCUUUAGGCCCCCUGACUUGUGGGAUGGGGGCCACGGCACCAGCCGGGACCCUCCUCCCCACGGCCGCACACACCA